UUAUUGGUAUCAGAGGUCGUUUAUUUUUACGAUGUAUAACUUUUAAAAGUUAACAAGACUACAAAGUUAAAAAACAAAAAGAAAAUAGUUUACCAAACAAGACAAUUAGUUAAAGGAAGUUUUUUUUAAAAAAUUAUUUCAGUUGUUUUCCACAACUGUGUUCAUUUUCAAAAUAUUCAAUGAUAAUUAUUUAUUAAUAUGCAAAAUCAUUUUUAAUAAAUUUAUUAAAAUUAUUAUUUAAUUACUAACAAUGGGAGAAAUAGUUGAAGAAGAUGCAAAGAAUUCAAGAAAAAAAUUACAAUUUUUUGAAGAUAUUCUUCCAUUUAUUGGUGAUUUUGGCAAAUUUCAGUGGACAUUAUUAUUGAGUUUAUUUCCAUUUGGAAUAGCAUUUGUCGCAGUUUUUAUUGCACCAUUACUCAUUGUUGCAGUACCUCAAAAACAUUGGUGUAAAAUAAAUGAAUUAAUGAACUUAAAUUUAACACAAGAUCAAAGAAUUAAAUUGGCGAUACCAGCGUCAAGUAAUUAUCCAUUCUUUGAAAGAUGUCAUCGUAAGAAAUUAAAUUUUCAUGAAAUUAUUGUUGAAAAUGAUUUUAAUUUAAAACAAUGGGAGACAAAUGAAACAGUUAAAUGUGAUGAUUGGGAAUAUGAUUUUAGUUUAAUACCAUAUCCAAGUAUUGGCGUUGAGAUGAAUUGGGUUUGCGAUCAUGAAUAUCGAAUAGCAACAGCGCAAGCCGUUUUUUUUAUUGGUUCUCUAUUUGGUAAUUUUAUAUUCGGUUGGAUCGCCGAUCAAAAAGGCAGAUUGGUAGCAUUAAAAUUUUGCACUGUUUUUGCAUUUAUUGCCACAAUUGGAACGGCGAAUUCUCAUAAUUUUUGGAUUUUCACAUUAUGUCGAUUCAUAUUGGGUUUUGCGUUUGAUAAUAUUAUAACUGUUCCUAUUAUUUUAGCUCUGGAAUACACUGCCGAAAAUAAGAGAUAUAUUAUAACUUGUCUUGGAUUUGGAUUGAAUUUAAUGUGUGGAAAAUUAUUUUUAAUAUGGUCAGCAUAUUUUAUUAGUGAUUGGAGAAUUUUCACAUAUUUCUCUUCAUUAUCAUUUAUUGUUUGUUUCUUGCUUACAUUUAUAAUGCCAGAAAGUAUUCGAUGGUACGCCUCAAAAGGAAUGUCAGACGAAAUUUUGAAAAAACUCCGUAGAAUUGCUAAAGUAAAUGGAAAAAAUCCUGAAGCAUGGAUGUACGACGAACUUUUGAUGAACUUAACUCAUGGAAAUAAAAAUAUUGAAAAUGCAACUUUAUUGGAUCUCAGAAAAACUCCUCAUCUUGCCAAGAAUACUGUUCUUUUUUCGCUUAUUUUUGCUCUAACUGCUGUAAUAUUGGACACGAAUUUGUAUUAUUUACAUCGAUAUGAAAUAUCAAUUUUCUUAUCGUUUAGUUGGACGUGUAUUGAAACGAUGUUGGCAUUUUUAUUAUUUAAAUUAUUAGUAAAUCGACUAGGUCGUAGAUUUAUUGGAUCUUUGUCAUUGAUUCUAAUCACGAUAUUUAGCUUUGCAUUUGUUAUUAUUAAAUCUGAAAUUGGAAAAAUUUUCAUGGCAUCAAUAGGACGACUUGGAAUGGAUUUAUUAUCUUUUCUGUUUAUUCAAUACACGCCAGAAUUUUUUCCUACUACUUUGAGAACUCAAGGUAGCGCUUCAAUUCAUUUUUUAGCAACUAUUUUGCAUUUUGUCACACCCUAUAUUAUACUUUUGAGCAACACUUGGAAAGAAUUGCCAAUUUUAAUAGUUGCCAUUGUCGCAUUACUUGAUGCAAUUUUAAUACUUUUUCUGCCGGAAACUGCUGGAAAAAAUUUACGUCAAACACUUCAGGAGGGUGAGAAUUUUUGCAAGGAGAAGAAAUUUUGGCCUAUUCUCGUUUUCCAAAAAUUGAAUGUACGUUCAACACAAAAAUAGGCCAUUCACAUUUUUUUCAGGCCACGUAGUGACGUCGAUGACCCGAAAUCGCAUUACGACCAGUUUUUAUUGCCGAAAUUCUAAGUUUAACUCUUUUGGGACUAUUAAUAAAUUUCUUUAUAAUGACAAAUGAAUUCUCGUAAUUGAAUAAAAUUCGAUAAAUCACUUUGAUAUUUGGAAAAAGGUUGGCGGAGGGGCGGAUUAAUAUUGAGA